AGCAUUUUGUUUUAUUUUUCUAACAAUUUAGGGUUUUGUGAAAAAAAACCUUAACCGCCUCUUCACCAUCGCCGCCUUGGCUCUCUUCAAAACUCCGACUUGUUCUUCUCAGAAGAUAGAGAUGUCAGUAAUGGAUGAAUCAGGCAUGUUCAAGGUUCAGCAAACCAUCGGAAGUGUAUUGUGUUGCAAGUGUGGUGUUCCCAUGCCACCAAACGCAGCCAACAUGUGUGUGAAUUGUCUUCGUUCCGAAGUCGAUAUCACUGAAGGUUUGCAGAAGAGUAUUCAGAUCUUCUAUUGCCCUGAGUGCACUUGUUACUUGCAGCCACCAAAGACUUGGAUCAAAGCUCAGUGGGAAUCUAAAGAGCUUUUGACCUUUUGUAUCAAGAGGUUGAAGAAUCUCAAUAAAGUGAAGCUUAAGAAUGCUGAAUUCGUUUGGACUGAGCCUCAUUCCAAGAGGAUUAAGGUUAAGUUGACCGUUCAAGCUGAGGUUCUUAACGGUGCUGUUCUUGAGCAGUCUUAUCCUGUUGAGUAUACGGUUAGAGAUAAUCUCUGUGAGUCUUGCUCUAGGUUUCAGGCUAAUCCUGAUCAGUGGGUUGCUUNAUGCACUCCAAAUUUAAGAAAAUAUUGUAAAUUUAGUAGAUCUUNGUUCUUUUAUCUGGAACAGUUGAUUCUUAGGCACGAUGCUGCUUCACGAGCCAUUAGGAUCCAGCAGGUUGAUCAGGGGAUUGAUUUCUUCUUUGGGAAUAAAAGUCAUGCUAAUAGCUUUGUGGAGUUUCUUAGGAAAGUUGUCCCUAUUGAGUAUCGUCAGGACCAACAGCUGGUGUCUCAUGAUGUCAAGAGCAGUUUGUACAACUAUAAGUACACUUACUCUGUUAAGAUCUGUCCUGUUUGCCGUGAGGAUCUUGUGUGCUUGCCUUCCAAAGUUGCUAGCGGCUUGGGAAACCUUGGUCCACUUGUGGUGUGCACUAAAGUGUCUGAUAACAUCACUCUACUUGAUCCGAGAACUCUAAGGUGUGCCUUCUUGGAUGCGAGACAGUACUGGAGAUCUGGAUUUCGAUCUGCGCUCACCAGCAGACAGCUUGUGAAGUACUUUGUGUUUGAUGUUGAAUCGCCUGUUGGUGAGGCGACUGUUGGCGGGCAAAAGUACGCUCUAUCCUAUGUCCAAAUAGCCCGUGAAUCAGACAUUGGUAAGAUGUUUUACGUCCAAACUCAUCUAGGACACAUUCUGAAACCGGGGGAUCAAGCUCUGGGCUAUGACAUCUAUGGAGCCAAUGUGAACGACAAUGAAAUGGAGAAAUACCGUCUGAGUGUGAAGAAUGGGCUUCCUGAAGCAAUUCUGAUCAAGAAAUGUUACGAAGAGCAGAGAGAGAGGAAGCAGAAGAAACCCCGUAACUGGAAGCUCAAGUCGCUUCCAAUGGAAAUGGAGGAUUCAAGAGGCAGGGUUGAUCCAGAGAAGACAGACAAGGAAUACGAAGAGUUUUUGAGGGAUCUUGAAGAAAACCCUGAGCUAAGGUUCAACAUAUCAUUGUACAAGGACAAGGAUUACCAAGCUUCUGAGACUGCUUCGAUGACAGAUGGAGAAGGUGCACCAACUGUACCUAUUGAAGAAUUGCUUGCUGAUCUUGACCUCAGUGAAGAGGAAGAAGAUGAUGAUGACGAGGAAGACAUGGCCGAGUAACAACUUCCUUUCUCAGAUGCUCAAAAAGGUUUUAAGUUUGAUCCCAAAACUUUUCUAUGGUUCUCUCGUGUUUCAAGUUUUCCCCUUUAGCUAUUAUUUGUCCAAGUUUUGUUUUGAAUGUAAGCUCAACAGUUUCUUGUUCUGGCUACUCCAUGUGUUGAAAAUUUCUGGCUAUUGUACUUGGUUUGAAAUUUU